AAUUCAACCGGCAAAACAUCCGGCCGAAUUUAUAAUUGUAGGCAGCGGCUUGGCUCUGCCCUUGGUGUUGCUGAAGUCCAUUGGCGACGGCAAUCACUCACCAUCAGCUAGGCAGUAUGCACGUCUGCAUACAAGGCCAAUAAAAAAGUAUGACAACAAAGGCUGUAUCCAAUUCGCAAAAGACUUCUUCAAGCCUAAAGCAGUGACAGAUUGUUUCAUGGUGUUAUUUAAAAAGACAAAAAACAAUCGUCGCAUUUGUUUAGCCAUUAUAUUUAUGAUCGCUUGCUUGCUGUACGGACUUAUUGAAGGUGAAAGAGCUGUUCUAUAUCUGUUUGUAAGAUACAGAUUUAACUGGAACGAAAUGCAGUUCUCAUUUUUUCAGACAUUUAACUUUGCUGCCACAAUCGUUGGUACAAUAUUCUCCACUGUAGUUUUAAGCAAGUAUUUGAAAUGGCACGACUCACUACUCGGCAUCGUGUCGACGACAAGUAAAAUUACUUCAUCGUUCGUGUAUUGCUUCGCUCCAAACGUGCAAAUCUUUUGUGUGGCACCCGUUGUUGACAUACUGAGUACAACAUCAAUGCUUGUAAUAAGAUCGAUAUCCUCAAAACUGGUGGAAUCGAACGAAAUAGGUAAACUAAAUUCAAUAGUCGGCCUGAUUGAGGUAUUGAUGCCGAUAAUGUUCGUGCCAAUGUUUACGCGACUGUACACGGCUACUAUGGACGCUCUGCCGGGUGCAGUAUUCCUGCUUGGAGGGGCACUCACUCUUCCUGUCGCCUUCGUAUUCACGUGGCUGUAUUCCCGACAUAGGAAAGAAGUACACACCUAAUGAAAUACUUCUUACGUAGAACAAAAAAUGCCACUCUUAAAUCCCUUUGAUCAGUUCAAAUACGAAUUAUCACGAAAUUGAGGCAGAACACUUUUCUCGAUCUUAUUUAUCAAAAGCUACCAGUGUAUGAGACUUUCUUCGACUUACUGCUUACUACUAUUUACCUUUUUUGCCUACCAAUCUGCCAGUAGAGGCUAUUCUGCUGUCAUCAUGAUAGGUGGGGAAUCACUACCCACUGAGAAGAUCUGGCGAGAAACUGAGCGGGUUGGACCUUUGGGUUAAGUUGCACGUCAAGGAUGGGUACCAUUGCUUGAAAUGCUCAAAAUCACAGAAUAGAUCGAGAGGAUCAGAAAGAGCAUUUCUAGAGCGACCACGAUUGUUCGCUGACGCGUCAUCUUGUUCAGGAGCUUAAUUUACGGCGACUGUGACUAGAAGGUUGACGUGCGGUCCUGCCUUCUGGAAGAAACCCUUUGACGCUGUUUUGGGAUACUAACUAAUGAAUUCUCGGUCUAAAUCGUCAUGAAAUUUAACAUUCCUGACAAACGACGGUGCUCCAAUGGCUAUUUUACAAAAACGGGCAUUUUUCCCAUCCAUAAUAAUAGCGUCUUAGCCUUAUCUUCCAACUGUGCAUUGCCAUUGUUUGAUUCUGUACAGAAAAUAUUCAUACCACUGUCCUGUCUUUGAACGGUGAAGUAUUUAUCAGUUGCGGCGUGAUAUUUAGCUGGAAUAGCGCUAUUCCUAUGCAACUGUGACGUACAACUGAUCAAGGUAGUGGAAACUCCCUUUAUAGUGCCUCUGAGCUCCGGAAACCGUCGGAAACCAGGUUAUUUAAGGGUUAAGGUAGCUGAUUAUAUUUGAAGAAACAUAACAGAAAGGGCUUGCGCUGAAGACUAUCGGAAGCCCAAAAUUUGAAAAUGCUGGUGAAAUAAUAAUAAACAAUCCCAUUCAACGUCCCCCGUGCGAGACAGCACAAAGCAUAAGACUUCGAAUGUCAUUCGAAAGAGAUGUUGACGCUGACAAGGAAGCAAACUUAAGUCUCGAUCAGAUUUUUUUUUUUUUAUUGCUUAGAUGUGUGGACGAGCUCACAGCCCACCUGGUGUUAAGUGGUUACUGGAGCCCAUAGACAUCUACAACGUAAAUGCGCCACCCACCUUGAGAUACAAGUUGUAAGGUCUCAGUAUAGUUACAACGGCUGCCCCACUCUUCAAACCGAAACGCAUUACUGCUUCACGGCAGAAAUAGACAGGGCGGUGGUACCUACCCGCGCGGACUCACAACAGGUCCUACCACCAGUAAUUACGCAAAUUAUAAUUUUGCGGGUUUCACUUUUAUUACACGAUGUUAUUCCUUCACCAUGGAAGUCAAUCGUGAACAUUUGUUGAGUACGUAUUCGACUAUUACCACUACUAGACCACUACUAGUCCACUACUAGACUAACGAGGCAAGACACCCGGCGAGCUAUACUACAAUGUGAGUGAAAUUAAUUCCAAACCCGAUGGAUUAUAACUGCGCAUGCGAUUUUCCAUAUUAUUUCGGAACAGGCAAACUUCAUUACUUGUGUAGAUAUACAAACAAGGUGACCGUAAAGGUAGUGUAAAAGGUAGUGUUGAUCGCAAUCUCAACUGCGUGUUAUAUCCAAGUAGUUGCCCAACAUUUUAAACCGGGACGUAUGGCUG